AUGCAGCAAGUUUCUCAUUCUCUAAGGCCAUUCAUCACCAUUCUUGUGUUAUUCUUUGUUCUUCUUUCACCACUUGUUUCUUGUUUAUCUCAUGGAGGAAUCACUGCUUCCAGAACUCACAAUAACAUUAAACAAAAUGCAAAUAAGCUUAGUUCCCAAAUGAUAUCUUAUUUUUCUGUUCAUGGACUUCUGCUUUGGGCUUCCAUGGGAUUCUUGAUUCCUGUUGGGAUACUUACUAUUAGAAUGGCUGAUAAAGAGGAAGCUGGGAGAAGGCUUAAAUUUUUAUUAUAUCUCCAUGCUAUAUUCCAGAUACUUGCGGUCCUUCUUGCAACAGUGGGAGCCGUCAUGUCCAUCAGGAACUUUGAGAAUUCAUUCAAUAACCAUCACCAACGAUUAGGGUUAGCCCUUUAUGUUGCCAUUUCGAUGCAAGCCAUCAUUGGCUUCUUCAGGCCUCGUAGAGGAAGUAGAAGAACUGCAUGGUAUUUAACACAUUGGAUUGUUGGAACAAUAAUAUCAGUGAUGGGGAUUAUUAACAUCUACACUGGCUUAAAAGCAUACCAUAAGAAAACAUCAAAAAGCACUGCUAUAUGGACCAUACUUUUCACUCUCGAAAUCUCUUUCAUUGCCAGCUUUUAUCUCUUCCAAGACAAAUGGGAAUAUAUACAGAAGCAAGGGCUGGUACUUGGCAAUAAUAGCAAUUGUAGUCCCCAGAAUCCUACUCCACCUUCAAAUCGAGACCAAGAGAAUGCAGUCUCUCAAAGGGAUAUCCCAAAGGUGGUGUUGCCUCAACCAUGUGCCAAGCGUAAUGCUCUUGGGAAUUUGUUUGACUAACAGCUUGGGAUUCUUUUAUUUUAUUUUUAUUGUUAUUUUUAGUUUAUAUUUAUAUAUUGAUUGAGUAAUGAAAAAGAUUCAUACUCUACUUUUUGAUGCCUUUCAAUGCUUAUAGAAAGAGCACAGCUCCUUGAAUUAUACUAUUGAUGGAGUAUCUGUCAUGUAUCAAAAAGUGGGGUAUGAUCUAUUCAUAACUUGUCCUCUUUCUUUUCGUUUCUUUUUGUUGGAUGAAAAUUUGGAUUUUU